AUGCUAUUUCGAAGCCUGGUGAUUGAUCAAUCAGCAAUCUUGAAAAGGAUACCCCAUGUGUCAACAUCAACCACAACAACAUCCAAAAGACAUUUCACAUUUAUCAAGAAGAAAAACUUCCCAGGAUUAGGAAACAUCAAAGAAGAGGAACAAAAUCAAUCCCAAAUAUCAACUAAAGAUGAAAAGCUUCAGCCAUAUAAACCGAAAAUACCGCCUUUGAAACCAAGAUGGUUCUAUGCUACAGAUAACCCAAUAUCGAUGCCCAAAGAGUAUGAAUAUGUUAAAAAGGAAGAUCCAAAGAAAUUUUCAGCUUUUUCAGAGUUUGAUUCAGAGAGAAUUGAAAAGAAAUACCAACACUUGGCUAAACAACUUCAUAAUGAUGGUGAAUUGAAAGACACGGAUAAAUAUAAAGUGCCCGUUAAUGAAGAUUAUCUAUUUGAGGUUGACCUUUUGGAGAAAAAAAUGUAUCCGGUUUAUUGGGAAGGUGCAGUUUAUGAAAUUCGCCGAGGUUUAUGGUUUAAUUCUGAUGGUUAUCCUUUACGUGAAGAACUUUCUGAAGAACUAGAGAAGGGUUAUGCUAAACUAAAACCAUUUGCAAAAAAGAUUAAGAACAAUAAAGAAAAGGAUGAUGAUGCUGAAGUUAAUCUCGAAAAUGAGCAUGGUCAAAGAGAUAUUUAUAAAUUGGAUGGUUUCAAAGAAGGUAAAUUGGUUGUUUACAGUGAAGAUAAGACUGCUUAUAUUUUAAAUGAGCUAUAUGGCGGGAAAUUACAAGUUGGUUAUUUGAAAGGUUUACAAAAUGGGCCUGCGUUAGGGGCUAGUCGAGUUACAAGAGGAUUUAGUGGAUCAAGUGAUACUGAGACCAAACCUGAAAGAUCUUCAUUAUCAAGUAUUUUUGAAUUGGAGUUAUCACAAAUGUUUGGUGAAAAGACUAAAACAAACACCGCUAAAUCAGACCAUGAAAAUACAAAACAAGCAAUGGAGAUCGAAAUUGAACAAGAUUAUGACAAUGAAGAAGUUGAAGAUGGUACCACGUCUAAAGGUAGAGAAGUUGAUCAUUUAAUAUUUUGUAUUCAUGGGAUUGGUCAAACUUUGGGUACAAAAUUUCAAGGAGUUAACUUCAUUCACACUGUGAAUGUUUUAAGAAAAAACAUCAAAAAGGUUUAUGAACAAAACAAGGAUUUCCAAAAAUUGCUCAAUAAUGAUAAAAAUUGUCGAAUUCAAGUGUUGCCUAUUUCAUGGAGACAUAAAAUUGAUUUCUCCACUCAUAAACCAUCAGAAGAUCGUGAUGAACAUGGUAACCAUAGAUUACCAACUUUGAAUGAUAUCACUGUCGAAGAAAUGAAACCAUUAAGAAACUUAUUAGGUUCAGUGUUGCUUGAUGUGCUAUUAUAUUAUGAACCAAGAUACUUGAAUCAAAUUUUAGAUGAAGUCACCACACAAGCAAAUGACUUAUACCAUUUAUUCAAAAAGAGAAAUCCGUCAUUUAAUGGUAAAAUCAGUAUUAUUGGACAUUCAUUAGGUUCUGCAAUCGGGUUUGAUAUAUUAUCAAUGCAACCAAAACAACCAAUUCCUAAAGAUCAGCAAGAUAAACCAAGUAGAUAUUUAGACUUCAAAGUUGACAACUAUUUUGCAUUAGGCUCUCCAGUUGGAGUUUUCAACUUGUUGAAAUUGAAAAACAUUGGAUCUACGGAAUUGAAUGGCUCUUCAAAUGAUAAAAUGUCAGUUCCAAGAUGUGAUAAUUUAUACAACGUUUUCCAUCCGUGCGAUCCAGUUGGUUAUAGAAUUGAACCUUUGAUCUCACCAGAAUUCAAAAACUUUCAACCAGAAUCUGUUCCCUUCUUGAUUGAAGAUUUCAACAAACAGUUAGCAUCAUGGGCUGAACUCAGUGAAAGUCUGAUCCCUGAUGCUUUAAAAGAUGAUGAACAAGAUAAAAGCGUUCAAUUGAAGCAAGCAAAGCUUACAGAUGAACAACUGGCAAAGUUAUCAAGCUUGAAUUAUAAUGGUAGAGUUGACUAUGAAUUGAAACAAGGGUAUUUUGACUUGACAAUUAUUUCAUCAAUAAGUGCACAUGUUAGUUAUUUUGAGGAUGAAAACAUUGCAGGGUUUAUACUAAAAGAAGUAUUGGCAAAACAUGAAAAAGUCAAAGAAAAGACUGCAAAAGUCAGAGUUGAAAAGAAACAAAGCAAUUAA